GUGAAAACCAACCAUGAAAUCCAACCAGGAGAGGAGUCACGGCUGUCUACCCCCAAAGAAGCGUGAGAUCCUGGCUCUGGAGCAGAGGCCUGUGGUGGUAACAGCAGCAGCUGAGAUCCUGGCUCUGGAGCAGAGGCCUGUGGUGGUAACAGCAGCAGCUGAGAUCCUGGCUCUGGAGCAGGGGCCUGUGGUGGUACCAGCAGCAGCUGAGAUCCUAGCUCUGGAGCAGGGGCCUGUGGUGUCACCAGCAGCAGCUGCAGCCUCAGCAGACACUACCUUACACACAGAGAACCUGGCUUGGCUGGCCAAUGUAGCCAGCGAACGCUGCAGAUCCACAGAAACUCCCAGCCCCAGGUUUCAUGUCUCCUCGUCCUCCUCUUCAUCCCCCUCCCCUUCUGCUCUCCCCCUGUCCUCUCUCUCCACGAUCUACCCCACUGGGGUGGGGCUCAGCCAACAGGGCGGGACAAUCCAUGUAGCCGCCUCCACAGGGCAACAGCGCCACCAUCUGGACGGCCACUGCUACACCACCGCCCUCAUCUCCCAGGCCACCAAGGUUGGGGACCAGCAGAACCAGGUCCAGAUAGGUCUGCCGUCGGACCUGGCUGUGUCCGUUGGAGGGACCCACUUCACCACUACCCACCAGUACAUCCAGCUGGACAGCACCUCUCCAGCUCCACACCCACCCUGGGGUGGGCCUCCUCCCCACACCCUCACCCUUGCCCCCUCCCAGGUGCUGGUCCAGUAUACGGAUGGGUUAGGGGUCAACAAAGCUGAGGGCGGACACACCAAGGUGGUGCAGCUGAAUGGAGAGCUGGAGAGGAGUUUCGGUAAACAGAGCUGUGCUGGCAUCAAAGGAACCUCCUACUCUAACCAGAACAAUCAGCAGGUUCACCAUGGAUAUGAAGCUCGACACAUCCUCAUUCCCGCAGACUACACUACCCAGGAUUCCACAGGACUACAAACCUCCCUGGUGCUGGUAGCAAACGCCCAGCCCAAACACCACCCCCACCCUACCAGUGGUGCUGAGCAGGACACGGUUCAGGUCCACCCAUCACUAAUACACAGUGAGGGAGGAGGCAUCUGUCUAAGGAAACCUGUCUCCAGAACCUCCUCUUUCACCUCCCUCAACUCCUCUGAGGCUCUGAAGGUCUCUUCUGUCCCUCACACGGUUAUCCAGACCACCCACCACUCUGACGAGCAUGUUCACAGCCUGUACUCCACCACCCAGGCACCAAUCAUCGGCUACAUCGCCAGGGCAGGUAACCAGCAUGGCGUCAGCUACGCCACUCUGCCGCAGCACCUGGUCAUCCCGGACGGCCAGUCCCUCCAGUCUCUCCUGAUAUCCGUUAAUGGAGUUACCACUACUACUGACCUCGAGGCUGCCUGCUCGGUGACCGCUAGGACGGCCAGCACCACCGCCUCUCAGCUGGCCCCAUCAACCGCAUCCCUCCCCCGCCACACCUACCUCACCACGUCCCUGUCCAAGUGUGAGAUGCUGGGGUCGGACGGCCACCACCAGUCCCCUGCUGUACUCCAGGCCCAUGUACUACCCAUCCAACACAUCCAAAUCCCGUCUAACACACCUGCUAAUGUGGUGGCGUCCCCCUCCCCUGCCCCAGCCCUAGCUCCAGCCCCUGUCCAGGCCACCCCCACUCCCCUAGCUCCAGCCCCUGUCCAGGCCACCCCCACUCUCUCCUCUUCCCCCUCCCCUGCCCCAGCCCUAGCUCCAGCCCCUGUCCAGGCCAUCCCCACUCUCUCCUCUUCCGCCUCCCCUGCCCCAGCCCUAGCUCCAGCCCCUGUCCAGGCCACCCCCACUCUCUCCUCUUCCCCCUCCCCUGCCCCAGCCCUAGCUCCAGCUCCUGUCCAGGCCACCCCCACUCUCUCCUCUUCCCCCUCCCCUGCUCCAGCCCCUGUCCAGGCCUCCCCCUCUCUCUCCUCCUCUCCAACCACGCUCCCUCCGUUCUUCAUGCGUGGCUCCAUCAUCCAGCUGGCGGAUGGGGAGCUGAAGCGAGUGGAGGACCUGAAGACGGAGGACUUUAUCCAGAGUGCUGAGAUCAGCAGUGAGCUGAAGAUUGACUCCAGCACAGUGGAACGCAUCGACACGGGCCAGACACCCAACGCUGUCAUCAUACAGUUCGGUGUCGGGGAACACAAAGCACAGGUGUGUGUGGAGGUGCUGUUAGAGUACCCGUUCUUUGUGUUCGGCCAGGGCUGGUCGUCCUGCUGCCCUGGCCGGACCACUCAGCUGUUGGAGCUGAGCUGUGCCAAGCUGUGUGUUGGGGACGUGUGUGUCUCCCUGACCCUCAGGAGCCUGAGGGGUGGCGGUGGCUCUGUGUCUGGGAGGAACCACAACAGCCAGGGUCACGAGGUCAAGCUGAGGCACAGCCACAACACUGGGGACAUUACACAGGGGUCUAACCGCCAGGGGAACAGUCAGGGGAAUAGCCAGAGUAAUGGUCAGAGAGACGGUCAGAGUAUGGACAAGGACUUUAGGAACAGUUUGAAUGCUGCAGGCAGCAACAGUGUCUUCCUGGUGCAAGUGGCCAAAACAGACAGUUUGAAUAAGGAGGACAGGGACGUCCCCCGCUGUGUGGACCAGGUGACAGGAUCUGGACUGAGACCCGGAUCUGGACCAGGGGUCAACGGAACUGGAGUUGGACCCAGGAGCACCUCGGACCUGCAGGCUGUCUCAGGGAAUGGAGAGAUGAUAGGGAGAGACAAUGGAGAGACGAGAGAGAGAGAACAGAAUAGCCCCAUGCUCCCUCCGCCCCUCAAGACAGAAGUGGGUGAGGCAGACAAAGAAAAACCCUGGGGUCGUAAGAGGAGGUGGUCUGCUCCAGAGAGAGAUCAGACAGAGAGGGCGGACGAGGAACCCCCUUUGACUCUGCCAAAACCCUCUUUUAUAACUCAGCAGGUCAAACUCUCCAUCGAAGGAAGGUCAAAUGUUAGUCGUUGAAGGAGCUGGAGUGUUGUACAGGAGGUAGGGAACAUAGUUUUAUAUGUUUGUAACGUUGUUAGUGCUGUUUGGUUUAAUCUAUCUAUCCACAUUAAUGGAAAGGAUUCAUUUACCUGGUAUAUACAUGUUUUAUGAUUCUAUUUCUAUGGAAGGAACAUUGUUGUCUCUGUGUUUGGUCCACUGUCUGGGAGGCCAGUCUCUCUCCAGAACACAGUGAGUGGCCCACUGUCUGGGAGGCCAGUCUCUCUCCAGAACACAGUGAGUGGCCCACUGUCUGGGUGGCCAGUCUCUCUCUUCAGAACACAGUGAGUGGCCCACUGUCUGGGAGGCCAGUCUCUCUCCAGAACACAGUGAGUGGCCCACUGUCUGGGUGGCCAGUCUCUCUCUUCAGAACACAGUGAGUGGCCCACUGUCUGGGAGGCCAGUCUCUCUCCAGAACACAGUGAGUGGCCCACUGUCUGGGUGGCCAGUCUCUCUCUUCAGAACACAGUGAGUGGCCCACUGUCUGGGUGGCCAGUCUCUCUCUUCAGAACACAGUGAGUGGCCCACUGUCUGGGAGGCCAGUCUCUCUCCAGAACACAGUGAGUGGCCCACUGCCUGGGAGGCCAGUCUCUCUCUUCAGAACACAGUGAGUGGCCCACUGUCUGGGUGGCCAGUCUCUCUCUUCAGAACACAGUGAGUGGCCCACUGUCUGGGUGGCCAGUCUCUCUCUUCAGAACACAGUGAGUGGCCCACUGCCUGGGAGGCCAGUCUCUCUCCAGAACACAGUGAGUGGCCCACUGCCUGGGAGGCCAGUCUCUCUCCAGAACACAGUUAGUGGAUACUGUAGCUAGCAGAUGGUUGACCUGGAAAGGCUUGAAUUUACUAAACCAUGAGAUUUGUCCUCUAUAUUGACCUAUAAAGUGAAUUAUGCAUGUGUGAGUUAUAUCAAUUGAUAAUUUCUGCCUUGUUAGAAUACAAUCCUCUACUGCUCAUCGUUACCCUCAGUCAUUAGAAC